AUGGGAUACCCACCUGACACGCCUCCGGACCACAUCACCCAAGAGCACUUUCCGUUCGUCCAUCUCGUGUGUCCAGCACACGUUAUGGAUAACCCUUGCGAUGCCUGUGGACGUCGGGUCCACCACAUCGACUGCAUUGUCAUCGCGGUCGAUGGCGUCUGUCCAAACAACGGCAAGAGGAACAAUCUCAUCUUCUCGCCAGCCGGUGUUCACGUCGGACUUGGCAAUGAACUGAGCGGUGGAUACACCUUGAUACACAAGGGCGCGACACAUCAGACGGCGGAGCUGCAAGCCGGGAUCAAGGGCCUGGAGAUUGCGCUCUGCAUCGUGUCAGAGGAUCUCCCCGACAACACUGCUCGCAUGGGCACUCUCGUAAUCAAGACAGACUCGAAGUACGUCUUCGAAGGCAUUACCGACCACAUCAAGAAGUGGAAGCUCAACGGCUGGCAAACUGCCUCGAAGAAGCCAGUGGCGAACAAGGAGCUGUGGCUGCGUUUGGCGAAGACUGUGGAGAAGGAUGCUGACUGGUGGGCAAACGUGGGCUACCACGGCGUCAAGUACUACGAUGCCGAGAGAUGGCUGGACGAGAACCAUGACGGGAACCUCGAUGAGAAAUAUGAUGCUGUUCAGUGUUGUAUCGAGCAAGCCAAUGCGCCUUUCAUGUGGAACGGUCGAGAAUGGCUCUUCCCGAUGAAGGAUCAGGACCGCAACACUCUGCUAUAA